CAGUGUGACGGUUAACUGUCCCUGCCCAGUGUGACGGUUAACUCUCCCGCCCAGUGUGGCGGUUAACUGUCCCGCCCAGUGUGACGGUUAACUCUUCCACCCAGUGUGGCGGUUAACUGUCCCUGCCCAGCAUGGCAGCUAACGGUCAACUCUCUUCCCUCCGCCCCCAACAGGUUUCUGUGAUUCAGUUGAACUUCUAACCUUCAGCUUCCCUCCUCUCCGUAGGUCGGAGGUUACGAGGGAAAGCUUUCUACAAUGUCAACGGGAAGGUGUACUGUGAGGAAGAUUUCUUGUAUUCCGGCUUCCAGCAGACGGCGGACAAGUGUUUCGUGUGUGGCCAUCUGAUCAUGGAGAUGAUCCUACAGGCACUGGGCAAGUCGUACCACCCAGGCUGUUUCCGCUGCGUGGUGUGUAACGAGUGUCUGGAUGGUGUUCCCUUUACCGUUGACGUGGAAAAUAACAUCUACUGUGUCAAGGAUUACCACACGGUGUUUGCCCCAAAGUGUGCGUCCUGUGGGCACCCCAUUCUCCCAGCACAGGGUUCCGAGGAGACGAUCCGAGUGGUGUCGAUGGACAAGGAUUACCACGUGGAGUGUUACCACUGCGAGGACUGUGGCCUCCAGCUGAACGACGAGGAAACUCGCCGCUGUUACCCCCUGGAGGGGCACCUCCUGUGUCACAGUUGUCACAUCCGUCGGAUUAACGUCCCCCUAUCCCCACAUUCGGCACCCAACUACCAGCUGCACGUUACUGAGCUGUAACUGGAGGCUACAAACCUCCCCCAUGCUGACCAGAAAGGACGCUGCUCUGGGUUGGCCCUGCUGUUGCAACCACACCUGAGCACCUUCAUCACCGAGGAGCCCGGGUAGGCGCGGACCCGGUUAACACACGGACGAUUUACAGCAUCUGGCCUUUGAGAUGCCCUGUAGCGGGACGUCGGCCAGGCAGCGGCUUCCCUUUGGCGGGAUGCCCACCAGUCAGGGUUCCUGCUCGGUGGGGGUCGAUGCGGCUCAGCCGAGUUGCAGAUUCCUGGCUGAGGGCCUGCAUAAUCCCACACCUCCUGAGUGACCAAAGCCCUGAUUGUCGCCCUCCCCCGAGAGGGUGGGUACUGAGAGAGACUCAGACUGGGCCUUCUGUGUCUGUUCUGCAAAUCCUGGAACCCGAACGCAGCCUCUGCACUUAUCAAUGUUCUGGCUACCGGUCUGAUUAACCCUUGCUGUACAGGUCACCACACACACAGACUAUGCAAGCAAUCACAAUUGUUUUAUAUAAACCCGCUCAUCAGUGGUAAUGUACAGUGGGCCCACUUCAUAAUUUUGUAAUAGUUUUUUUAAAGUGUACUUUUAAUUUUCUAAUUGGAUGAUUCGGUACAUUUUCUGUACUGGUCGUUGGAUACGGGCUCCCAGCUCAUUAACCCUGUCUCCUGCACCAGUCCCCACCAUGGCACUGUGGUGGGCUGAAGGCAGAGUACUGUGCCAUACCGUUAUGUAUUCUCCUGCAUCUUGUUGCUGGGUUAACCUUGUGAUCAUUCCCCAUCCUCCAGAGGAGGAAAGCCUGUUGCCAACAGGGAUGUUAUUCCCAGUCCCUGAGGAUUCAGGAUGUGCCCACAAUCGGUCAGGGAAUGGGAGGUUGAGAGCUGUUGGGAAAUGGCCGCAGCCAUUCCUGCUGCAAGUCUCAAACCUCCAGGCACUUUUAUUUAUUCUCCCUUUUUCCUCAACUGUCCCCCGCCAGCCCCAUCCUCCCUCCGCCCCGGCCAUGCUGCCCACUGCCACCUCUUCCUGAAGACUCUGAACCUGCUCAGAAUCAGUUUCAUUGUCACUUUUGUUUUCUUAAACUCAUCACCCAACUGGGGCACAGGCCACUGACGGCAGCUUGCCAGAGUCCUCUCUCCCGGGCCAGGCUUUCAGGUUGUCCCCGGGGGGGCCCAUCUUCCUCUCCACGGGAUGGAGUCUUUGAAGCCUCUGUUGCUGUGGGUUUUUACGGGAUGGGGUCUUUGAAGCCUCUGUUGCUGUGGGUUUUUACGGGAUGGGGUCUUUGAAGCCUCUGUUGCUGUGGGUUUUUACGGGAUGGGGUCUUUGAAGCCUCUGUUGCUGUGGGUUUUUACGGGAUGGGUUGCUCUGACUUUCACAGCUGUGUGUGGGACCGUCCGUGGCGGAGUCACCAGUGGCGGACAUAGUGUGAAAUGUCACUUGUUACACGUACAUCGAAACAUACCGUGGAUUGUGCUAGUGACCAACACAGUCUGAGGAAGUGUAACCACACAUUCUGGCUGCAACCAUGUUUUGGCCCAUCAGCACCAACAAAAAUAGGACAAGCCCUUUUCCCACACACAGGCUGGCUGUCUUUGUCAUUGGACCCUCAGACUCACAGGUAUCAGGCCUUUGGGACUCUGACCUUUAGACUUUGACACCAGACUCGAAGUGACCUCCGACCCCGGGGCUCACCGACCUGGCUGGGAGGGCAGCGGUAAACGUCUCUCAGGCCUGUUGGCCACAUGGGUCGCCUGCCCAGGUGUGUUGUUUGGCAGUGGGACAGUGCAAAGUUCUUGCUCCUUCCCCCGUGACAAGAUGGCCUCCUGCCGUUGCUGGUUCUGCCCUCUUUGUGAGAUUCCUUCGUCCUCUACAGCCCAGCCAUGGAUUCUCCUCGCUUGUCUCUGAAGACGAGGCCCAGCCUCCUGCUUCCAUGCGUUGGCUGGAUUCUUGCAAUAUCUCCCCCACCCCCCCCCCAAAAGGAUUCUGUACAGCUCCAACAGAGAGCCAGCAGGAGUUGGCAGAGGAACGCUGAGGUGACGUUCUGCCCAGAACUGGGCCGUUCUUUUCUCCAGCCCAGAAAACACCCCCAGCUGGUGUUGGCAGAGGAACGCUGAGGUGACGUUCUGCCCAGAACUGGGCCGUUCUUUUCUCCAGCCCAGAAAACACCCCCAGCUGGUGUUGGCAGAGGAACGCUGAGGUGACGUUCUGCCCAGAACUGGGCCGUUCUUUUCUCCAGCCCAGAAACCACCCCCAGCUGGUGUUGGCAGAGGAACGCUGAGGUGACGUUCUGCCCAGAACUGGGCCGUUCUUUUCUCCAGCCCAGAAACCACCCCCAGCUGGUGUUGGCAGAGGAACGCUGAGGUGACGUUUUGCCCAGAACUGGGCCGUUCUUUUCUCCAGCCCAGAAACCACCCCCAGCUGGUGUUGGGGAUUGAGACGGGAGAUGUAGAGUUAUUUAUCUUAAAAGUAAAGCCACAUAAUAUCAACCUAAAUUAUUAAACCUGUAAAUGUUGAACGUCACUUAACCUUAGAUAUAAUCUGCCUUUUUUCCAAAAAUAAAGUUUUUUUUUGUAAGUUAA